UCGCGCCCUGGAAAAAUAUUCCCCAGAUUCUCGCGAUGAUUCUUCUGGUUACUAUCAGCCUCCGCUCGUUUCUAUCGUCUGUCGCUUAACCCUACGAGUCUGAAGUUCGCAAGGAAUAGUGAUAUGCUGCUUCACUUGUCCUAUUUCCCUAGCUGAUGUGGUGAGUCCUCAAGGACCACCAGCCGUCCCUGCACAAAGCAGGCCUCGAAUCAUAGUAAGGCCGAUGGCCUUUUCAUUGGAACAACAAGCGCACGCCCCAGGGGGAAACUCUCAUAAACACUGCCUUACCGAUUGAUCUCGAAAAAAAACAUCUAUUUCAAUCGCAAUGGCGCCCGGGAAACCCCCUACUCACUCGAAAUCUCCGACCGGCAGCAACGUGAAGAAUGUUGUUCUAGGCGAUUUACUCUUCAAAACGUGGUACCAGUCUAUUUAUCCGGAAGAUCUCGUGGCGAAAGACACGGAUCGUCUUUACGUCUGUCGCUGGUGCUUUCGGUAUUCAUGCGAUGUGGAUGCCUACGUGAAGCAUACGCGUGUUUGCGACAACAAAGCCUCACCUCCUGGUACCAAGGUCUACGAACAUAGCGGAUACUCAAUCUGGGAGGUGGAUGGCGAGGAACAUAAGCUCUUUGCGCAGAACCUGUCUCUCUUCGCGAAACUUUUCCUCGACCAUAAGUCCGUCUUCUUCGAUGUUGCCUCCUUCCUCUUCUACCUCCUGACGUUUAGCGACCCGAAUGACACUCAGAACCAGGACUGUCGCAUUCUGGGAUAUUUCUCGAAAGAGAAGAUGUCCUGGGAUGCUAAUAAUCUGGCCUGCAUUCUUAUAUUUCCUCCCUACCAGCAUAAACAAUUGGGGAAAUUGCUGAUGGGGGUAAGUUACAAGCUAAGCGGAUGGGAAGGGGACGGGGGAUUGAUCGGCAGCCCGGAAAGACCGCUGAGCGAAAUGGGCUGGAGAAGCUAUUCUCGAUUCUGGGAAGAGCGUGUGGCAAGAUAUCUAUUGUUAGGCUCGCAAAGGCAGGAUUCAGAAGAGACGCAGCUACAGCAACAAGACAUUACAUCCCACACAACCACCACUCCCGAAGGCUCCAAAAGAAGGCAUAGCACUGAGAGUAUGACGGUUCGAGAAAUGGGACUGGCGGUGGGGAUGCUGGCGGAAGAUAUAAUCACUGCUUUGAAGAGCAUGGGGGUUGUCGAGCCGGAGAAGUCGCAAAAAAAGCGGAAAGCUCACCAACCGCAUUCUCCAGAUACCAAUACUGGGGCUGACCAUGGAGUCCAGACCGUGAAAAUGCGCAAGUCAACUGUGUUGGAAUGGGCUAAGGCCCACCGCGUUGCUCUGCAAGACCCUGUGAGAGAAGAUGGUUUUCUGGGCAAGUGGGCUCCAAAAAGUCCGCAUGAAGGUCCAUGAUUUGACAUCUGGGGCUAAUUUCGUGGAAUUGACUUGAAAAGUCUGAAAUUUUUGAAGCCUUUGUUGUAUCAUGGAGUUCUGGCCGUUACAUUCCCCUCCGGUAGAGCAGAUUCAAGGGGCAGGACCUCAAAGGGGUCGAAAGGAUUCAUUUUGUUAAUACAGGAAGGCAAAACCCAGUCCUUACAUAUUAUCUAGAUGCCUAUUGAAAAUUAUUACAUGUGCAAGAUUAUUUCGGUUUCCAUGAAGUGGUUGUUCCCUUGUUUUAGUCCCUCAGCCUUUCAACCCUUUCAGCCUUCCGGUUGGAAAUCUAUGAAACACCUACUUCGAACUUAGAAGCGCAGUACGGAGCGGCUUAUGGCAGUUGAAUUGCUUCUAC